GUAUCACUCAGCGCUCGAUUGCUUUGGUCUGAAGCGAACAUGGCAGAUACAGAAGCUCAGGUUCAUAUUCCCGACUUCAGCAGCUCUCUACAACUGGACCCUUACCUCAAACCGUUUGAAAAGGACUUUGAGAGGAGGUAUGGUUUGUUUCAGAAGCAGUUGAUUCUCCUGGAGGAGGCUGAAGGGGGCUUUGAUCAGUUCACACGCAGCUAUAAGACUUUUGGAGCUCAUUGCCUGCCGGACAACAGCCUCGUCUUUAAAGAGUGGGCGCCUGCUGCCGAGGCUCUGUUUCUCACUGGGGACUUCAAUGGCUGGGAUAAAUUUUCUCACCCAUAUAAAAAGAUGGACUUUGGAAAAUGGGAGCUGCACAUACCACCCAAGCAGGACAAAUCACCAGCUGUUCCUCACAAUUCCAAGCUAAAGGUGGUGCUUCACACCAAAGACGGAGAGCGGCUGUAUCGAAUUUCACCCUGGGCAACAUAUGUUACCAAAGGCGAUACCUCAGUUGUGUAUGAAUGGGUGUACUGGAAUCCUCCUUCUCCUUAUAUGCAUAAACAUCCUCGUCCACGGAAGCCCCGCAGUUUACGGAUAUACGAGUCACAUGUCGGCAUCGCAUCCCCAGAGGGCAAAGUGGCAUCCUACAGCAACUUCACAUACAACGUCCUGCCACGAAUAAAAGACCUCGGCUAUAACUGUAUCCAGCUCAUGGCUAUCAUGGAGCAUGCCUACUAUGCUAGCUUUGGUUACCAAGUCACAAGUUUCUUUGCAGCAUCCAGUCGAUACGGCACUCCGGACGAGUUGAAGGAACUCAUCGAUGUGGCUCACUCUAUGGGCAUCAUGGUCCUUUUAGACGUGGUCCACAGCCACGCGUCCAAGAACACAGAGGAUGGCCUGAACCGCUUCGAUGGCUCUGAUUCGUGCUUUUUUCACAGUGGAGAACGAGGAGAUCACCCCCUCUGGGACAGCCGACUUUUCAAUUACUCCAGCUGGGAGGUGCUGCGUUUUCUCUUGUCCAACCUGCGCUGGUGGAUGGAAGAAUACCGGUUUGACGGAUUUAGAUUUGAUGGGAUCACCUCCAUGCUCUACCACCAUCAUGGUGUCGGUUCAGGAUUUUCAGGCUCAUACUCUGAGUACUUUGGGCUUCAUGUUGAUGAGGACUCGCUAGUCUACCUCAUGCUAGCUAACCAUAUUCUACACACCCUGUAUGAGGACUGCAUAACUAUAGCUGAGGAUGUGUCUGGUAUGCCCAUGCUAUGUCGACCUGUGCAGGAGGGAGGCUGUGGCUUCGACUACAGGCUGGCCAUGGCUAUUCCUGACAAGUGGAUCCAGAUCUUAAAGGAAUUCAAGGAUGAAGACUGGGACAUUGGCAACAUCUUGUACACCCUGACCAACAGGCGCUACAGUGAGAAAUGCAUUGCGUAUGCCGAGAGCCACGACCAGGCUCUGGUAGGAGACAAGACCCUGGCAUUCUGGUUGAUGGAUAAAGAAAUGUACACCAACAUGAGUGCCAUAAUUCCUAUGAGCCCUGUCAUUGACCGGGGCAUUCAGCUGCAUAAGAUGAUCCGGCUCCUGACACAUGCCCUGGGAGGGGAAGGCUACCUUAACUUCAUGGGUAAUGAAUUUGGUCAUCCAGAGUGGCUGGACUUCCCACGAGUUGGGAAUAAUGAGAGCUACCACUAUGCACGUCGCCAGUUUAACCUAGUCGACACAGAACACCUGCGAUACUACCAACUGUACGCCUUCGACCGGGACAUGAACCGCACAGAGGACAAAUAUGGCUGGCUCGCUGCACCACCGGCAUAUAUCAGCACAAAGCAUGAGGGUGACAAGGUGAUCGUCUUCGAGAGAGCCAACGUUAUUUUCUUGUUUAACUUCCACCCGACUAAAAGCUACAGUGACUACAGAGUUGCAGUAGGACCACCAGGAAAAUAUAAGAUCAAGCUGGACUCUGACGGGGUUCAGUAUGGAGGUCAUGGCCGACUGGACCACAACACGGAAUUCUUCACUGAGCCCAUUCCCUAUAACGAUCGUCCAAACUCCAUGCAGGUUUACAUUCCCUGCAGAACGGCUGUUGUUCUAGCCAACGAAGAAAUCGAUUACUGCUACUGAAACACAGUGAUUCACUGAGAGAUUGAUACUCAGCAAAUGUGUCUCUCCACUGGUUUCCAUCGAAGAUUUGUGUGUGAUGCACCAUAACAGUCUCACUCUGUUUCUUCAUCUUUCCCAUUCAAGACCUGUUUUUCUUUUCUUUUCUUUUUUUUCAGCAUAGCACAUUAAACUUAACAUGUAAUUGGGGUAAAAUGGUUGAUUGUGGUUUCUGUUACAGUGGGAUACAUAAAUAGUUUUUUUUUUCUGAAACUGUGCAUAAACACCAUCUGGUGUUAGUAUGUUCAAUCUGUUUGCUAUAGCUUCCGAUACCGCUGUGUGGGGGGACAAAAUUAUUUAUGUAUCUAUCACCUGAGGGUUGUGUUUAUAGGACUACAUAAUGUCAACAUAAACCCUUCAUGACAGCUGACAUAAAAUGUUAUGCAUAAAUUAUAUGAUUUACUGAUUUAUAAAAUAUUAUUGCAAUAAGUAUCAGCUAUUAUCUUUUGGUGAUUUAGUUGUUACUUGUAAAUUAAAUCUAGUAUAAUCUAGAAAGAGGAACAGAUUUUUGUUGACGCACGAUUGGGAUAUAACAGUUUCAAGCCUAAUUUUUUAGACUAUACUUCUGUUGUAGACUCUUAUGUGAAUUUAAUUUUAUUCUUUAUUAGAAUUCAUAAAUGUCAGCUGUACAUACUGUUUAUUAUUCUCAAUUAGAGUGCAUUGGGUUAUUAUGUUGCAGUAUGAAAUGAGUUAUAGUGAUGCGUAAUGUAAACCAGAAAAUGUCACAACACAGCUGUAUGUUAAAAAAAUUCUCUGUAACAUGUUUCGCCAGUAAUGCCACGCUGCAAAAACAACAACUUAGCAAGUCAAAUAUUCUUAAAUCCAGCUAAACCUAUUUCUCAAAAUAAUUUUACCAAGAAUCAAUAAAACGCAAUUUUUCUUACCUGCAAUUUUAGUAACAUUUGACUAGAAAUAAACUUAAUAAUCUUAUAUUUGGUUUGGUAUAAACUUAUUUUAAGAAAAUAUAGAUAGGUUUGGCUAGAUUCAAGAAUAUUUCUCAAUAUUGAUAAGUAAUCAACGAUGAUGAGACAUUUUUUGCAGUGCGAAUUGAAAUCAAAAUGACCAAAAUCAGUUUUUAUGACAGCUGACUCUUUUGGAAUAAGCCUUUAUAAUUUUUUCUCUACUGCAAUGGACUGGUCUUGCACUGCCCAGGAUUAACAGGUUACUGAAAUGUUUCGUCUGUUGUCAGAAUGAACUUAUGAUGGUGUUAUGCUAUCCCGUGAGCACCCUUUUGACAAAAUUUGAAAUUCGGGUUAUCAUCUACUGUAUGUCUUUUGCCAUGACACAAAAAUUAUGUUACAUAUUGAAGAAAGAUCUUUUUGAAAUUUGGUCCUCAUGGAGAAUCCCUAAACCUGUGGAUUAAGCUUCAUUUUAAGUGCAGGCGGUUUAAUCUGGGAUAAAAAAUAUAUUUACAAAUUUGAGUAAUUACCAGGUCUGGUUUGUGAUAUAUUGUGAGGUCUGUUAGACUGUGUUAAUUUAGCGUGACUAACAAUUUUUUAUUUUAUUUUAUUUAAUUUGAUGGGUUUUUUUGUUUGUUUUAUUUUAUCUUAUUUUAUUGUUGUUGUUUUGUUGUUUGGUUUGCUUUUUUUAACCACUAGAUUAAUGGAUGGUAGGAAGAUGAUUUGAUGACUGUUUGCUCUUAGUGGGAGAAAAUGAACUAAAAUGUUGGAUGUAAUAACUUCAGAAAAACUGAACAGCAGAAAAAAAACAAUUAUUGACUGAAAAAGAUAAACAUCUUCUCUUAGUGCGCUGUAUUAAAUCAAUUUUCUCAAACUCUUCCCGAUGUUAUAGAAGAGAUCCUGCUCUCUGAAACACCAGAUAAAUUUUCAGUCCAUUCAUGUUUAGAAAACCUGAAUGAUUGUAAACGAAACGACCACAGGCACUGUGUUCAUAGAGAUCACCUUUAUUAAGUAAGUUUUCGACUUUUUAGAGCAACUUUAACAAGCAUUCGGGUUACGUUAAUUGUCUCAAUUAGGCCCAGAGUAAGGGUUUUGUUGAUUAUGUACAUAAUGUUCAGCUGAAUGUUAGUUAAAGAAACCAUUUACUUGCUUAAGUCAACUGUAAAUGGGGUUUUGGCACAAAUUCUCCCUCUGUGUGUUGGUCAGGUCUGUUAAAUAAUACCCUUCAGUGUUAUAAUAGGUAAAUGGGUAGCACUCUGUCCCAUUAUAAUUUUCGUCCAUUAUGAACUUUCUGUUGCCUGCCUUCCCUCUUCAACAGCAGUGUUUCUCAUUAAUGUCGAGUAGCUACUUGAAGAUAAUGCUGGCCUGCUUUUGAAUCCUCUAUAGAGAAGGCAGAAUGAAUCUGUAUGUAAAUACUUUAGGGGUUAUUAUCAUGAACCUGCUCCGUUGAAUUAAUAAAGAGCCUUUUCCCUUUGCCCUCUGUUUGUAGAGACACACCUCUCUAUCAGCUUUGUGUUUCAUGCCUCAUUGUCGUUGUCCCCCCCCCAAAAAAAAAAAAACAGUUAGAGGUUUAUAUAGCAAUAAUGUGUGUUUGUUUGUGUGUGUUUAUGGUAGGUUUUUUUUAAUACUUUUGUUUUGGGACAGAAAUGUUGUAGCUAUUUUUUUUUUGAAAGAUAAAAAUAAGAUUAUAUGUAAGUGGAUAUAAUUGUGUAAAAAUGUCUUUAAAUUUAAUGUUUUUCAUUUCAGUUAUUUUCGUUAGGAUCAACACAGUUCUCCACAGUUUGCGAUUUUGUGGAAAAAUAAAUAUA